AUGUCCGAAUCUUAUCGAUCAAGCCCUCAAAUUCCAUGUAAUGAGCCACAGCUCUAUACAAUUUAUCAUACCGCUACAGCUGAUAUGCGGAAGAAGUUAAUUCAAAAGGAGAGAUAUCUGAGUGUCCAAUAUCAACUUAUCAGCAUUGUUUUUAACUUGAUCACAAUCACACAAAUAAUAAUCGGUGCAACGAUUACCGCUUUAGGGCCAUCAGGCGACAAACAUAUGUUGGCUAUAACAAUUCUAGGAGCUUUCAAUACUUCUAUCGCCGGACUGUUAGCAUUGCUGAAAGGAAGAGGGCUUCCAGAGCGACUACGACGAAAUAUGAUUGAAAUUAGCAAGGUCUCAGAAGUCAUUCAAGAAAGGGAGGCCCUAUUAAGAUACGGCCCCAGUCACGACUCAAAUGCGGACAUUUCACCUCUUUUACAGGAGGUUUUUCAGGCAUACGCAUCUGCUCAGCAGAUCAUUGAAAGGAAUCAAACAGAUAGAUAUGCCGAUGAAGAGGUAGCUCAAACUUCUAGUGUCACCGCCGAGCUGAAUGAUCCUCCAAUUGGAAUGGCAGGUACCGGCAAUCCCAAUGGGAAAAAACGACAACUGGAUGAGGAAAUGGGAACUGUUAGCGCUGUAGAGGAUGUUGACUCAGGCACUCAUUUGAGUUAA